AUGCCGCAUUUCCAUGAGUCAUCUUCGAGCGCCUCGGACGCAGAUCCCGAGUUCGACCCCCAAGGGGCCCAUCAGCGCAUCGUCAGCGAUGAUGAGUACGCCGCCUCUUCGUCCGCUGAGCUGCCCCUGAGCCAGCAACUAGAGCCAAUCGCAGUUGUUGGAAUGGGAUGCCGCCUUCCCGGCGAUGUCAGCUCUCCAUCUGACUUCUGGAAGUUGAUGAUGGACAAGCGCAGUGGCCAGACUCCCAAAGUCCCCCCGUCUAGGUUCAAUAUCGACGCCCAUUUUCAUGCAGACAAUGACCGCCCUGGAAGCUUUGGUGUCCUUGGAGGCUACUUCCUCAACGAGACUCUGCAAGAGUUUGAUCCGGCUUUCUUCGGCAUCACCCCAGUCGAGGCCACAUGGAUGGAUCCACAGCAGAGGAAGCUGCUGGAGGUAGUCUACGAAGCCUUCGAGUCAGCAGGCCUGACCCUGGACCAGCUCUCCGGAUCGGAUACGGCUUGUUUCAUGGCCACCUUUACGGCAGACUUCCAGCAAAUGUCCUUCAAGGAGCCCUCGUUCCGCCAUAGCCUCGCAGCCACCGGCGUAGAUCCCGGCUUGUUGAGCAACAGAGUCAGCCACGUCUUCAACCUCCGCGGUCCCAGUAUCGUUGUCAACACGGCUUGUUCAUCGUCCGUCUACGCCCUGCACAAUGCGUGCAACGCCCUGCGGACGCACGAGUGUUCCGCCGCUGUGGUUGGCGGCAGCAAUCUCAUUUUGACGGUCGACCAGCACAUGAAUACCGCCAAGCUAGGCGUGCUCUCGCCGACGUCGACGUGCCACACUUUUAAUAGCUACGCGAACGGGUACGGACGUGCUGAAGGUGUCGGGGCGAUUUACCUGAAGCGACUGAGCGAUGCCAUCAGGGACGGCGACCCUAUCCGCGGCGUUAUUCGCUCCAGCGCCACGAACAAUAACGGAAAGGCCCCUGCCGUGGGCAUCACCUAUCCCGGUUUUGACGGGCAGAGGAACGUUAUGCGACAUGCGUACAAGCGUGGUGGUUUGGAUCCUAUGCUCACAGGAUACUUUGAGUGCCACGGAACGGGGACGGCGAUUGGAGAUCCGCUGGAAGUUCACGCCGUCUCUGAUGUUAUGAACGGUACUCGGACUGAGGCUGAUGGGCCGCUGCAUAUCGGCGCGGUAAAGACCAAUAUUGGGCACAGCGAGGCGGCCAGCGGGUUGUCUGCCGUCAUCAAAGCCAUCCUGAUAGUGGAGAGGGGAAUCAUCCCUCCUACGCGAGGAGUGACUGAACUCAAUCCAAAGAUUGAUUGGAAAGGUUGGCAGGUCAAUGUCCCCACGGAUCCUACGCCCUUUCCAAAGCGCUUGGCGGUUACCAGAGUCAGUGUCAACUCUUUUGGAUACGGCGGCACAAAUGCGCAUACCAUAGUUGAGAGCCCCAAAUCCUUACUGGUUUCACCCCAAAGCUACAAGUAUUCGAUGCCUGGAACCACAACGAAAGGCAAGUUGGCGCGUGGGGCGGUGAACCGCAACAGACCAUACCUAUUGGUCUUCUCUGCUCAUGAAGCGGGUGCACUCAAGAGAAAUCUUGCGGCUCUUGGCAAGGUCGCUGCAGAAUACAGCCUGCUCGACCUAUCCCACACGCUCGCCAACCACCGUACACGCUUCCAGAGCAAAGGAAUGGUAGUCACGACGCCGGCUACCCUUCACGGAACCUUCGUCAGUGGCACUCCCGACCUUGUUCUCGCAGACAAGAAGGAGACAGCCCGUACGCUCGGCUUCGCCUUCACCGGCCAGGGCGCGCAGUGGGCUCGUAUGGGUUCCCAGUUGAUGACGUAUUACCCGACCUUCCUCAUGUCAAUCCGACGUAUGGACAUGGUGCUGGAAGACCUUGACGACGCCCCUUCUUGGACUCUGGAAGAGGCUCUCCUCGAGGACCCGGCCGUCUCUCGAGUUAGCCAAGCUGAGUUUUCUCAGCCGCUAUGCACCGCCAUUCAAGUCGCCCUGGUCCAGCUCCUUCGUCUGUGGGGUAUCAAGCCUUCGGUGACUCUUGGCCACUCGUCUGGCGAGAUUGGAGCUGCCUUCGCAGCCGGUUACCUGUCCGAGUCGGAAGCCAUAUUGAUGGCGUACUACCGCGGGCAAGUCGUGAAGGAUAUCGACUCGGCUGGCGCCAUGAUGGCCGUUGGCCUCGGCGCAGAGGCUGUGGCGCCGUAUCUCGAGGCGUACCAGCCUGAGGUUGUGAUUGCUUGUCACAACUCGCCGUCUGGCGUCACUUUGAGUGGUAAUGUCGAUGCCUUGAAGAUGAUUGAAGGAACCUUGCAGGCAGAGGGUGUAUUUGCCCGGCUAGUCAAGACAAACGGCAAGGCAUAUCACUCACGUCACAUGUUACCAGCCGUCGAGAAGUACGAGCACCUCAUCCGCAAAGCCAGGCAGACCAGCCUUACCCGGCUUGUGUCUGAAAAGGCAAAGAUGGUGUCAUCGGUCACCAACUCUGUGCUGCCCGAGGACGCAGUGCUUGACGAGAAGUAUUGGAGUGCCAACCUCGUCAGUCCAGUCCUCUUCAAUCAGGCAGUGCAGACAGCCCUCACGAACAAGGACCUUCCCGCCAUCGACAUCUUGAUUGAGAUUGGACCUCACUCGGCUCUUUCAGGACCCAUUCGACAGAUCAAGACUGAGCUGAAGGCCGAAAAACUGCAGUACCUGCCGACUCUCAUACGCGGCUCACGAUGCGCCGAGCAGGUCCUCAAGCUGGCUGGCGAGCUGUUCCUGCGCAACUACCCCCUUGAUCUCGCAACAGUAACGGCUAUUGAGGAGGUGUACCCGUCGGGCAAGAUCAUUCCACGAAAGGGUAACCUCAUUGUGGACUUGCCGCCUUAUCAAUGGGACAAGACGAAGAAGUUCUGGGCCGAGUCACGCGAGAGCAGAGAGCACCGCUCUCCACGCUUCCCGCGACACGACAUCCUGGGCCAGUUGACGGUCGGCGGGUCCUUGGCUGAGCCAACGUGGCGCAACAUCUUGCGCAUCAAGGAUCUCCCCUGGCUCCAGGACCACUCGCUCGGAGGGGAGGCCGUCUUCCCCGCUGCCGGGUAUCUUUCCAUGGCCAUGGAAGCCGUAACUCAGAUCAACGAGAUGUCCGAGAGUCAGGUCAGCGUCGACUCUUACGUGUUCCGGGAUGUCGCCAUUCAGCAGGCUUUGGUGACUCCUGACGACGAUAACGGCAUCGAGGUCCUCCUGAACAUGCGCCCCUCGAAGCUCGGCAGCGACGAAGCUGGCAAGAAGUGGUGGGACUUCAACGUCUCAUCCGUGUCGUCAGAAGGGCACCGUAAGAAUCACAUGGCGGGAAGCAUCAGCAUCAACACGGACCGGCGCAGAGCCGUCGCAAAACAGGUGCCCAACCUGCCGCAGCGUGCCUCUGGCAAACUCUGGAAUCAGGCCUUGAAGCAGGUCGGCUUCAACUACGGCCCGACGUUCCAAGAUAUGGACAACAUCACAUUUGACGGGACCACGUACUGCGCACACGCCACGACGAACAUAAAGACCGCCGUGAUGAAGAACGAGUCACGCCACGUUCUUCACCCAGCCAUCCUCGACUCGUGUCUACAGCUCAUGAUUGUCGCCAUCUGGGCUGGCCGCGCUGGCGCGAUGCGGUUUGGUGCUGUGCCUGUCCGCGCCGAAGAGAUUGUCAUCUGGAAGCCCAGGGCUGCGCAGUCGGCUGAGGGUGCCAGCGCCACUGCCUUCUCCUGGAUCGACCCGCGCGGUCAAAGGCUCUUCAAUGCCCACAACCAACUUGUGGCAGCGGAUGGGCAGGUUUUGAUGGAGAUCCGGAGCAUGCGCUGUACCGCGUACGAAGCUGCAAUUCCGCAGCGACUGGAAGCACCGGUGCAUCCGCAGCCGUACUCACAGAUCGUCUCCAAGCCGGAUGUCUCAUGGCUGCGUGGUGCUCAGAAGGAUCUAGACGUUGUCGAUUUUGUCGAGCUUGCCGAAUUCAAGACGCCCGGUCUGAAGGUGCUUACCACGGACACAACUAUCGCGGCUUCUCUGAUGGACCGGCUUCCCGGUCUAUAUUUGACAGUCCUCGCCAAUGGCUCCGGCGGAGACGAGGUCGAAUCAAAGUUGAGCCAGUUCAAGACAGUUUCCUUCGAGAAGCUGGAAUGGAACGCGAACUCGGCGGCUGAGUCUUUGGGAAAGAUGCAGCACGCGUUUGACCUCAUCAUCGCCCCUGACACCUCCCGCGAAACGCUACCUCUUGUUUCCGAGCUCCUAAACGACGGUGGAAAAGCCAUCUUGGGAGGUUACCAGCCCGUCACUGAUCAAGAUCUGAAAGUUUCCGGCUUCUCGGGCUCUGAUAUUUCCUUGAAGAACGCUGCCAUUGUUACGUCGAGGAUCAAGGAGACCCAAAAUUUCGCAUUGGCGCCUAUUCAAAUCUUGUACCAUGCUCCUUUGACAGAACAAGUCACUCUGCUGCAGACGAAUCUUGAGAGACUGGGCUACAAAGUUGAGACCUCCAAGCUGGGAGAUCCUCGUCCCCUAGGCCCCAACGUCAUCAUGCUGGCGGAUCUGGAACGACCGCUGGUGAGCGAGGUGUCGGAAGCAGAGUUCAUCCAUCUCCAAAAGACCCUGAGCGAGGCCUCUAACGUUUUAUGGGUAUCCAGUGGUGGUCUGUCCGAUGACAGCGUGGUGCCCGAGUUCGCAAUGACCCGCGGGCUCUUACGGUCGCUACGGUCUGAGCGUGCUUCCCUGAAAGCAACCAUAGUCGACUUUGCCCCCAGCGAUAUUGUUUCUGAGAAUUUCGUGUCUACGGUUGCUUCCCUGGCGAUCGGGCUGUUUGAGAACGAAAUGCAGCUGGAGACCGAGUACCUUGCUCGCAAUGGCCAAUUUUUCAUCAGCCGCCUGGUCUCAUCAGACAGGAUCAAUCAGAUACAUGGACAUGUCAGCGGAGAGACACAACCACUGCCUUUUGCUCCUGAAGCCAGACUAGGAGGCAGGGUUGAGUCUGGCAGAGUGGUGUUCGAAGUCGACCAUCUCGACUCGGAGGCGCUCCAGCCACAUGAGAUUGAGUUCCGUUCCCUGGCGACGGGUCUGAAUAGCGAAGAUCAGGCCGUGGUAGCGGGCGCCUCUUUCGAGACCGAUUUUAGCCACGAAGCUUCCGGUACGGUUACUCAGGUUGGAGCCGCUGUGACAAAGGUAUCUGUCGGUGAUCAUGUUGUUGCCUUCAGUUCGGACAAGUUUUCCAACUAUCAGCGUGUGCAAGACCACUUGGUGCAGAAGCUCGAUGAUUCGGAAUCCUUCACAACCAUGGCCAGUCUUCCUAUGCAUUACGGCGCCGCUCUGUAUGGACUUCAGAACUUGGCAAGGCUUCAGGCUGGAGAGUCAGUCUUGGUUCUUCCUGGAUCUGGACAACUUGGAGCAGCCGCCAUCAAGAUCGCACAGGCUCUAGGCGGUUUUCCGUACGUUGCUGUGCGCGACUCAACCGAGGCUGAGAACGUAGCGUCGACGUUCGCCCUGCCAAGCGAGCAGAUACUUCUCGACUACUCUCCCCAACUGCUAUUUGACAACGAGAUCGAUGUGGUCUUCUCAGGCAGCUCGACCGAGCCAACGGCGGCACGAGAGGCAUGGAGGAAUCUGCCAGCUUUCGCUCGAUUCGUGAGCUGCGGCACUGACGUACCGACCUCGUUCAUCGACGCUGUCCCGACAACUCGAGGAGCGAUCUUCCUUUCCAUCAAUCCGGUGGGGCUCUUCAAGAAGCCUCGCAUACUAGGCCAGCUCCUCGAGCAGAUCGUCGCACUCUUCCGCCAGGGCUCGAUCUCUGCUCCGCCGCUGGCCAUCCGCAACAUUGCCGAGCUCAACGAGAGUGUUGCCACCUUCUCAGACUCCCUCUGCGGCCCCAAGACUGUCGUCACACACGAAGCAGGAGAGGGCGUGGUGGAUGUAGUACGAACCCGGCCGCAUUUGCGACUACACCCGGACGCGACGUAUCUUCUCGUUGGAUGUCUCGGAGGUCUCGGACGUAGCCUCACAUCGUGGAUGAUGAAGCGUGGAGCGCGUAACUUUGCCUUCUUGUCGCGAUCUGGCACCGACUCUGAGCAGGCUGCCAUCUUGGUCGGCGAUUUGAAAGCUCGAGGCGCCAGCGUGCUGGUUUUCAGGGGCGAUGCUGCGGUCAAGGAAGACGUGGAGAAAGCAGUGGCCUCGAUUCCGGUGGGCCGACCUAUUCGUGGUAUUGUGAAUGCCGCAAUGGUCUUACGAGAUGGUCUAUUCCAGAACAUGUCAUACGAAAACUGGACAACUUCUGUUCGGCCAAAGGUUCUUGGCAGUAAGAACCUUCACGAAGUGACUGCAGAUCUGCCUCUCGACUUCUUCCUCAUGACGAGCUCUGUCUCUGGCAUUCUAGGAACGCCAGCCCAGUCUAAUUACGCCGCAGCCAACUCCUACAUGGAUGCGCUGGCCCGUCUACGCCGGUCUCAAGGCAAACCUGCCUGCGCCGUGAUCCUCCCCAUGGUUCUCGGCGUCGGCGUCGUAGCUCAAAACCUCGAGCUCGAAGACUCUCUCAAGCGCAAGGGCAUGUACGGCAUCGACGAGGAGGCACUUCUGGAUUCCUUCGAGGUCGCCAUUCUCGAGCAGCAACAACAACAGAGCGCGGCAUUUGACCACCUCGUCAUUGGCCUCGACCCUGCGGAGCUAUACAAGACAAGUCGCGAGGCUGUGGGCGAGGUGGACGCAUUCUGGGCCGCUGACCCGCGUUUCUCGGCCCUCGUGCACGCCAUGCAGGCGUGCGGCGGCGGCAGCCAGGGAGCCGGCGGCGACGAUGCCGGCUCCAUCUUGACGCGGGUCAAUGUCGCUGGGGAGGAGUCGCCGGCCAAGGCGGCCGGGCUGGUGCGCGACCAUUUUGUUGCCAAGCUGGCGCGCGUGCUGCUGGUGGACGAGGCGGAGUUUGGGGACGAGGAGAGCGGGCGAUCCAUUGCGAGCUAUGGGAUCGAUAGCAUGAUUGGCGCCGAGCUUCGGAACUGGAUUUUCAAGGAGCUGGCGCUUGAUAUUGCUUUCCAGCAGCUUUUGAGCCCUUCACUUACGAUUUCCAAGUUUGCGGAGCUGGUUUGUGUUACUCAGGGGAUUCUCGUUGAGUAA